AUGAACUCGAUCCUGCCACCCCUCAAGGCCAUCGUCGAAGCCCACGCCACAGAAGCGGAGCGAGUCUCCCCGGCCUCCCGACAACUGUCCCAGCCAGAGCCAGUGCAGCCCACACCAGUCCAGGCCCAACCCCAAGCCCCCUAUGCGUCCUCCUACACUCCGCCCGUGGCCCAAGUGUCCAACAUGUCGAUGAACGAGAAAGCCGCCCCGCGCAGCCAAUACACCAGUCCCGUCCCGCAGGCCCCGCCCGCCUACGCUCAAACGCCGCCCGUCCGCAUGGCCACGGCCCAAUACACCUACAGCCCGGCCGACGAAGGCGAUCUAGGCUUUGAGCCGCAACAUCGCAUCCAAAUCACCCAGGAGCUGAACAAAGACUGGUGGCGAGGCCGCAACACCAACACCGGACAAGAGGGUAUCUUCCCAUCCAGCUUCGUCACCGAGGAUUCAGCCAAGGCACCCGUGCAUGUGCCCCCACCCACCAACUACGGUAACAUGCCCCUCCAAGUAAGCCAGAGUGGACAGCCCGCGAACCCCGCGAACCCCGCGAACCCCGAAGACCCGAAGCAGAACAAGCUGGAGGAAGGCGGCAAGAAGUUCGGAAAGAAACUUGGUAAUGCAGCCAUCUUCGGUGCCGGUGCCACGAUGGGUUCCAACCUCGUGAACAGCAUCUUUUAA